AUGCAAAAAAUGCAGCUAAAAAGGGAACCUUUUAACUAUUAUAAAACCGACUUUAAUAAUGUUUUGCAUACUCUGUUUCAAUGCUGAUGCAUGAAUUUUGCGUAUUCAUAGUGUAAUUAAAUGCCUUUAUGUAAGUACUGACAUUAUCAUUGUUUACAUCGUUACACUAUGUAUAUAGUGUUUUCUUUAUUCUCCAUGCUUAUUAGUAUGCAUAACUUUUUGUCCAAUCGCAGCGCAUUAUGAUUGGCUGUGCAUGCUGAUGCAAAUUCUCGAUUAUAAGAAACAUGUAAUACGUGUAGUUGCAUAAUGUAGUCGUACGCUGCAAAUGAAAAUACUAUUUUUGUAAAGGAAUACAAGUUCGCUAAAUUAAUUUUAUGUUUAACAAUCAUUAAUAAUUAACAUGAUUUGUGUAUACAAAUAUAUAACUUUGUACAGUUCAUGCAAUGUGUCUUUAUCAAGUGUCAUUAUUUAGCAAGAUUGUAUACAAAAUUUGUAUAUAAAAAUAAUGUUUAAAGUAAAAAGAUAUUUCUAUGUUACAUGCUGAAAUGUGUUUAGUUUCGAUAUUUAAACAUCAAACAUUAUGUAUAUUUAUAUCUUUUUGAUUACUGUCUUUUUAAGAAUAAUCUAGAAAUUUAAAAUAUAUAUAUUAUAUAUUAUAAAAUAUAUUGGCUAUUAUAAAACGAUAUACUAUAUUAAUGUAUUUGCGUACAAUAGCAAUAGCAUAUAAAAAUUAAUUGCAUGAGAGAAAAUUAAAUGUGGUAUGAUAAACGCACGUAGCGCGCUCUUGUAAUGUUCUAAUCAAAUAAAAGCAAAGAUAAAUAUAUUGCUCCAAAAUGAAAGCGAAUAUUCAUAUGAUUCAGACUUCGAUACUAUCGAAAUAUGGCGCGUGGCAUUCUUAGAAGACGAUUGGUUACGUUACACGAUUCGAGUACACUCGAGUUCAAUCGUGUCCGAAGUCGCGCGAGUCAGCGAAAUAUGAAUCAGUCUGCGUCACGACAGGAAUGACGGGCAAACUAUUGAUAAUUAUAUUGAAUUGCAAUGUUAUUUCUCUCCUGAAAGAUUCCAAGUAGUUUUUCCACUUGGGGAUCUAACAGAUAUUUUUUAAUUGAAUUAAUUAAUUACAUUGAAUUAGUUAAAUUAAUUAAAAUAGUUUAAUGAAAUUAAUUAAUAUAAAUAUUAAUUAAUAUAAAUAUAUUAGUUAAAUUAAUAAAUAUAAUUUAAUGAAAUAUAUUUACUCUUCGAUUAUCUUAUGUGAAUACUUUUGUAUGCAGUAUAUUUGAAUAACAAAAAAAAAUUAAUUCAAACAAUAUUGCUUUAAUACAACAAAAAGGCUGUAAAAAAUAUUUUAUGCUGUCACGCUUAUCAAAAGAAGCGCGAGUAGCGUCGCCUAUCGUCUUUAUCGCCAGUUUGAUAAGGAAGUGACAGAAAAAAAGUAUAGGUUGCAUAUUGUAUGUUGCUUGAGUGACUCAAAAGUUGAAUCGUUGAGUCUUCAUUCUGGCAGCAUUGCAUUUCAUUUUGUCAAUUGUCAAUGUCAGUUCAGUGACAGUGUUCAGUCUGUAUCGAUGUGAGGUUGGAGUAGGUAUGCUGUUUUCCUGUUUUCGCACGAUGGUAGGUUAGAGUGACGUCAUAUUCGUCUGGAUUCGUCAACCCCUUCUCCGUAGCGAGAAGACUCGUCGGCGCGCGUCGCCGGCGAGCGAGGCAAACUCAAUCCUUACAUUAGUCGCGUCGCGCAAAGCGUGAUGGCUGCAUGUGUCGGAGAACAGGUAUCCGCGGCGAAAGCCGCGAAGAAGCCCACGUCGACCGGUAAGCCGUUAUGCUGGCAGCAGCGACUGUUUGGCAAGCAACUCGUGCGCUGCAACCAGGUUAACGACGCGAGGAAGUCGAUCGACUCGACGAUCGCGUCGCUCGUCCACGAGGAUGGCCGGCCGGCCUGCGAGAUCAUCGGCAUGUACUUCAGCUUCGUGGAUCCCGGUGCGACCUGCGACGACUUCACGCGUCAGCUGGUCGAGCUUUACACAAAUGUCAACGGCGCGGACGGCGGCGAGAGAAAGAAGAGAUUCGAGGUGGUGCACGUGGUACUCUGGAGCAACGUUACCGACGUGCUCGACUUCGAAGACAGCUUCCGCGCCCACGUAGCCGAUCUACCUUGGCUCGUCGUGCCCAACCGAGAUUACGAAAGAAAGACCAGGCUAACUCGAAGGUAUCGGAUAAAAGCAGGCGUACCGACGUUGAUCCUGCUGGAGGGGUCCAACGGUUCCAUAGUGACAAGAGGAGGCGUCGAACGAACCGUCGCUGAUCCCACCGGCCUAGAAUUCCCUUGGAGACCUCCGCAUCCAAAAGCUGCCCUUGAAGAUGGACCUCUUCUGCCAUGCGGUACUCGCGAUAGCAAUGAACCUAUGUUGCAUGAGGAACUCCGCUACUAUUACAAGGGGGUUUACUUCAGCGCACAUUGGUGUCCACCUUGUAAAGCAUUUACUCCGCAACUCGUGGACACGUAUCAACGAAUUCGGGAGAGAGGUGGCAAUUUCGAAGUAAUUUUCGUAAGUUCGGACAGGAGCGAGGACUCGUAUAAUGCGUACACGGAAACAAUGCCUUGGCUAAGGAUACCUUUCAGUCAAGAAGAAAGACGUCGAAAAUUGGCAAGUGCUUUCGAUGUUCAAGCAAUACCGACUCUAGUCAUUGUGGAUUCUCGCGACAACAUAAUCACUCUAGAUGGACGUACCGAAUUAAUCGAAGAUCCAGAAGGACUGAAUUUUCCCUGGACAAGUAGACUGGUGAAUAUUUUAACAGAAAAAUAUGCUACGUCGUUACACGAUGCUCCAGCCAUUAUUUUGUUCGUCGAAGGAGAAGACUGUGAGAUUCAAUUCGGGGAAAGUGUACUACUACCAUCUGCACAAGCGUAUAGAAGGGAUCAGCCUGAUUAUGAUCCAAAUUAUGAUGAUCCUGAAGAUGAUAUGUUGCAGUUCUAUAUAGCUUUAGAUUGUGAAACGUCCGACAUUCUUCGUGAAUUCAUUGGUUUGGAUGAUGCGGUACCUCUUUUGACCGCCAUAGAUAUUCCGCGAGGAAUAUACGCGGUGAUGGAAGACGGUGCUGAGAUUUCUGUGGACUCUGUACAACAGUUUGUUGAUAAAUUUCUCAACAACAAAUUGCCAAUAAAUAAAAUAACGGCAGUGCAUAAAACAUCAAAAACAAAUGAACAUAUGCCAGCUUAAAGGCAUGUGUAAUAUUAGUUAAGCAUAAAAUUUGUACUUGUCAAAUGUUAGGAAAAGUUAUUCGAAUAUCAAAAGAAAUUAUUUUAUCUUUUUGUAUCUUUCUUCUUUACUCCUAUCUCUGUGAUACCGUCGUUCUUAACGUAGAGAAAAAAAAAAAGAUUCACAUAAAAAUAUACUUGUUCUUGCAUAAUUCUUAGAUAUUCUACAAAAGUAACCAAAAAAUAUAUAUCAUAUAAUAGCCGUAAAUAAAUCGAUCAAAUUGUAUUUUUAAGUGUACGCACACACGAAUACGUUAAUAAAUUAUAUAUUACUUAAU